CUCCGCGUUACAGCGAACCGACGAGUGAUCCGAGUUACGAGUCCGACGGAAUACGGACAUAUUCGCGUCGGAUUCGUCGCGUUUAACAGUCUCGGACUUUAUCUUCUGCCAAUUGGCGUUAGAUCGCGUCAUGCCAAAUGAAUAUGGAGGCGUACGUACGUAUGUGUAUGAGACGCAAGAGCGAAAGGAAUAAAACAAAGGGAUCUCCAGAGAAGAAAGCUGAGAAACCAACAAGAAAGUCGACGCGUAGGCGAGGCAGGAGAUCACCUUCCACUUCAUCCGAGCAAGAUGUCACGGCUGAGGAAGCAACUAGAAAUGUCGCUCAAGUCAAGGAGACCGAGAAAGAAAUAACUGUGCAAAUAUGUCUGAAUAUGCAGGAGAAGGAAUUGAAGGAGCCACAGCAAGGACAGGAGGAAGCAGUCACUUCUAGUGAGAGAAACUUGAAGGCUGAUUCGCCGGAAAAUGAGGGGGACCCUGGUGGUUCCGUAUGGAAAGUAGCUAGGGCGGAUGCGUCACCUGGCGAGAUACAGAAGUUGAAAUUAUGUAGGCAGCGCAACACCACCGACGUGUUAUCAGACACAUCAUCGAGUAGGAAAAGCAAGUCAAGCAAGUGGCAAGAAAGUGGUGAGGGCGUUGCAGAGGAGGCUGACUCGGCGGAUGAGCAACUGGUUUCUUGUACAAGAAUGCUCAGUAGUGCUGAACAGCCGAACGAUCCCUCCUCUUCAUACCCAGGUCAGGACUCCAACGAAGAGGUAAGUGAUAGCAAGGAGAUCCUGCCUGAAACCACUUCAGCCAACUUGUUGUCUGACGAUAAACCAAACAUAGAUCAGCAUGGUGAAUCAAAUGAGGCAAAUUGCGCUGCCCAAAUCGUUGAUAGCGAGCCCGGUAAGCCGAGUAGCACGACAACCGCGCCGGCUCCUGGCACAAACGGUGAUUAUCCGUGCGAGGAGACCACCGCUGCCGUCGCUGCCGAUGAUGAUGCUGCUGCUGCUGCUGCUACUACUACUACUACCACCACCACCACCACAACCACCACCAUCACGACUGACACCGUCUCUGACAUCGUCGCCGACACCGUCGCCGACACCGUCGCCGACACCGUCGCCGACACCGUCGCCGACACCGUCGCCGACACUGUCGCCGGCACUGCCGUUAUAUCAGAGGAAGAUAAACAUGUGGAAGAUACCAGCGAAAAAACGACGAAAACGUUUAACAAAGAGGAGAUUAGCGUAGAGAAUGCUCGUAAAGACACGAGCAGCGAGGAUGAGGAAGAUGAUAAGAUGAAGGAACGUCGUCCCGUGGAUACGUCAUCUGAAUCGAACGAUGAGUCGCGCGCCAAGAACAGCAGAAAUAGCGAGCGAUCGCCACCGCGCGCCUCGAUUCGCAGAAAACACCGGAACAAAUACAGGGAUUCGUCGAAUUCCGAUACAGCCGAUUCCGAAGACGAGCCGGUCGAUAGAAAGGUCUCCGAGUCUUACGUCGAGGAGGAGGAGGAAUUGGAAGAGGAGAAACCGAGCGCGGAAUAUUCACGGGAGGAUAAGGAACGAUCGUUGUCGCCGGAGAAAGGCAACUCGCACCCGAACAAUGUAGAAACGAUGGAGAUCGAGCAUUGCGAGACUGUUCAGCAUAAGCCCGAGGUCACGAGCGAAAAGUCGGAGCUAACAACCGUGUCGCCCGGCGUUCAGGCGGUCGCUCAGAAGCCUGUGAAAGUCAACUUGAAGAGAUCAUUCUCGGUGAGAAUAGCGACCGAGAAGAGCGAGGUGAAAAGAGACGAUACUAAUGUGAACGUCAAUGAGUCUUGCGGUCAAAAUAAGGAAAAUCACAACGGCAACGAACAGGAGCUGAAAUGCGUGCCCAGAAAACGUCGAUGGGGGAUCACGUUUUCCACGGACACAACUCCCUCGUUCUCUAUUUCAACCGAUUCGCUCAAGGCUUUGGUGCCGGGCGCAAAGCCAUUGUCCAUCAAUGAAGUCCGUCUGUCGAAGGACGACGAUGAGGACCGAGACCGCCACAGAAUCAACGACAAGCGGCACAAUUCCAGCGACAGUUUAAACGACAACAAGACAACGGACGAGAAUCUGCAGAAGAACGGCGCUGCUAAGAAAGGCAACGCUAAAAUAGACAAUCACAUCGCAACGAGGCGGAAGAUAUCGAUCGUGAAGGAGAUGCCGCACGUCAAAUCGCCGAGCCCGCCAGCGUCCAAACCCAGUAAUAUUCUGCUAAUCAAGAACCUAGUUCGCCCGUUUACGCUGAAUCAAAUCAAAGAACUACUUUCGCGUACGGGCACCAUCGUGGAAAAUGGAUUCUGGAUGGACCGAAUCAAGUCUAAGUGUAUCGUCGAGUAUUCCAACGAGGACCAAGCUUUCGAGACGAGGCAGGCACUUCACGGGAUCUCCUGGCCUAUGUCGAAUCCAAAGAAGCUUCACGUGGAAUACGCCACGAAGGAGGACAUGGAAACCGCCCGGGAAUCGUCCAAGGACCAACCGGUCGCUCGUAAGACCGAACCGCUCUCGUCGUCCGAUCCGUGGCAGCAGGAAUGGGGUCGCGAGGAGAAAACUAAUACGACCAAGGUGACGGUGGUGAGGGAGUGGGAUCUGGGUAAGGAAGACGGCCAGCAACACAUCAGAGAGAAGGAGCGCGAGAAGAAGGAGCAUGACAGGAAGCGACGACAGAGGAGCCGAAGCCCCGCGUUGGAGGCGCAUCUGCCGGCGCCAGCGCGCAAGUUCAAGAAGAAGGAGGACGACCCACCGCCGGCGAAGCUGCUGGACGAUCUCUUCAGAAAGACGAAGGCCACACCUUGCAUAUACUGGCUGCCGCUUACGAAUGAGCAGGUGAGAAUCAUCGGGUAAUGAUUCCAAGGGUUGAUGAGGCACAAUAUGAUGAUAGUCGUGAAGGAAGAGAUGCGGAGGCAACAUAUGGCGGAACACGCGCGCAGACUGGAAGAGAUGAGACGCGCCGACAGAAACAGAGACGGCCGGCGUCGUCGUAGCCCUAGGAAAUAAACAAAACACAACGUAUCUUUCCUCCUUUGACCUGACUUAAAUUGAACUCAGCUUUAACUGACUCACACUUCUCCGCCUGUCCCCCUCGCUCCCUUUAUUCCGUGUUUUCCCCACAAACGCACUGAAUUUUACUUUUCGUUGUAUUAUAUAUUGUUUAUGGUAGACAUAAGUUCUCCUUGAUUAUUUUAGUUACGGUCUCAGAAAGCUAUAUUAAUACUUAAAUAAUCGUUAUCCAUGAUCGUAUCCUGAUACAUCCUUUCUGAUAAAGAUGAAAAUAUCAAUCCUGAUUUUUAUACAUUUAUUUCGCAAUAAUCUAAUUUCGUUUCUUUUUUUUCCUCAUUUCUCUCUUCACUUUCUCUCGGGAUGUCAACGCGUUUCAUUUCUUAGGUCGAUUAUCGAUGAUGAUAUCUGAUUACCCAGUGCAUGAUCUCCAAUAGGCUCCCUGGCUCCUCGAUUCCCCUCCUCAUGCAUCAGAAUUAAACCUUACUUCUUGCAGGUCAACAUUUAUCUAUCCUACAGAGCAUCAGUAACCGUAGAUCAGACACGGUAGUGGUACUGUGUGUUGCGUCGACAAGACAUGCAGCAGCAGACGAUAAAGUUUUCACUACGACGUGUGAGAGACACACACAUGUGCUCGCGACAACAACCCGCACGAAGAAGACGUGGAAGCCUCUCUGAGGAAAUAGACAGAAAACAUAUUGAUAUAUGUUGGGCUUGUGGAAUAGACUUGGUAUUCCUGGCUGUCAAGUAACGUUCGUUCCUCCGCUCUUUGUCCUGGCUCUGUUUUUUUCUUUACGACGAAUUGGAUCUUGGGCGAGUGCGCGCUGGGAUCAAUGCGCCCUCGUCUGGAUGUCGCAUCAUUAUCAUCGUCGUCGUCGUCGUCGUCUCCCAACACAAGAGAGCAUAGUUUCGAACGUCGGCUGACAGGAGAAAGAAACCUGUGUCUUCAUCUUCUAACUAAUCAUCUCUGCGUAGUCUACUCCAACUUCCUCCGAGAGCGCGAUGGUUUCGGCAACUUCGCUAGCGGCAACUACGUUGAAGCGUCGUCAGUGUUGUAAUCGUGUGAUAGACUAGCACACGAGGCGAGAACAUGUAUGUAAAUAUAAAGCGGUACUCCAUGGUGUGACAUGUAAAAUUAUUAAUAAAUAUUAAAGGAAAACGAACAAUUGUUAGGAUACACGAAAGUAUACAUACAUUUGUCGCUUACUUUUUACGAUACACCGAAUUGAAAAAUUUACUAUUCACUUGUAGAUGGAAAAUUUAAAGCAUGGAUAAUAUACAAAUAUAUGUUUAUGCUUAAAACAGGAACCGCACGUGUCGUUGUAUUACUUCUUGCCUCCGUUGUAAAAUUGUGUCCGAUCAAUUUCACUCACGCCUCUUUCCACCGGCUGUGUUUAAUAAUUUAACUGGUUGGUUAUUCCAACGAAAUCGACCAAUCGCAUUUGUCGAUUCAGAUUAACGAGCCGGUUAUGUUAAUCAAGUUAAUAGAAACGAGCAUUAGAGAU